CGCGCUCGGCGGCCUCAUUAUCAUAGAGAGCUGUCAAAAUCAGUUGGAUAUAAACUUUACAGCGCUUCAUGCAUUUACCCAUACGAAACGCAGAUUAAAUUUUUUGCAAUAGAAUAGUGAAUCACUACCAGUGGCAAGAUGCAUUAACGAAAAGUUUCAAUAACUGAAAAGACGUAAAGGAACAAGUUGAAUUUUAGGAGGGGUAAUUUCAUUCAUUAAGUUUUAACCUCGAAUUAUGCUGUCAGAGGUUGACGUUUUCAUUAGUAAUUAUACUCUUGUUGAUCCAGAGAUCUAUCAACUUUGGGUAGAUGGAUAUUCUUCCAGCGAUGCAGUUAAUAUUUUACAACAGAGAGGAGUCUGUCAGCAGACAAAUGCAUCGAUCGAACUCCUUGCUUCAGAUGUAUUGGACCAUUAUCGUACUUAUUCUCUUCUUGAGAAGCUAUUGCACAGUCCGUCAAAAUUGGCAUGUGAACAGCUUGCCUUUCAGAUAGAGCCUCAAACUAGUCAAAUGUUAAUUGAAAUGUAUUAUGAGUUUAAUGAUGGGGUUGUAAGAGAAAUUAUUGGCAAGAAGCUUACUUCCAAAAAUCGUAAAGAUAUGGAUGAAGUAGCUGAAAAAACUGGAACUAGUCUUAGAAGUUGUCGAAGGCAGUUCGAUAACAUAAAAAGAGUAUUUAAAACAGUAGAAGAUCUUCCUGGUUCUUUAGUCACCAACAUUAAACAAUAUUUUUUAUUACCUGAAGAAUUGGCUAAGAGAUACGCUGCUGUAGUGUUCAUUGUAUGCUUACGUUUUGAAAUAAACAAAAGAAAACUACAGUAUUUAACAUUUCCUGAUCUAUAUCAUUGUGCAAGUAGCAUAAUGUUUUCUUGGACAUAUCGUAUUACUGGGUCAGAAUACUUUGAUACAGAUCUUGACAGAGAAUUUCUUUUGGAACUACCAGAAUGUAGAGUACUUCUAGAAAAUGAGAAACAUCAUAAACAUUUGGUUUGUGUUAAACUAAAACCAAUGGUACUGGAUCGUGUUUAUCAGGAGUUAGACGUGAACUUUAAAUUUUAUUCAAGAGCAAUUGUUGGAAUAGCUGGAAGUUUACAUCGCACAAGAGAACUAAGAUCUUUUUUUCUUGACUUAGUUGAGAAAUGUAUUGAGCCUUGGAAACAAAUUAAUUGGACUCAUACAGAUUUACGCAAUUUUCUUGCUGCUUUUACUCAAUGUGCAUUAGAUAUGGAUGUUUUAAAAGAUAAUGAGUUAAGAGACGCAUUUGAACGUUACAUGAAAGUAAUAACUAGCUGUUUAUUACGCAUGUAUCACACAUGACAGUUGGAAAAAAGCGACGUUGAAAAAGAAAGCGUGGAUAAUUUGGGUUUCUAAAGUUUAAAUAAUUCUAAUUAUUUGUUAAACAUUAAUUGUUAAAUAUUAAUUAA